ACAAAAUAGAUACUGAAAAUUCUUCAAUAUUUUGGAAAUCAUAGUAAUAAUAUAUACAAAAAUCAACCGUCUAGAUUAAGCGUGAGGUAAGUUGGGCGCAUAAAAUAUCAUAUGUCCAGGGAAUUCUUUCUUGGUUUGAGCGCUCCCUUAUAGUCUCUUAGGCUUUGUAAAUAUUUCGUACACAAUAUAACUAAAACUAAAUUAAAGAUCACGUAAACUAAAUUAUAGAGAAAAAGUGGCGAAGAAAGCGAAAAGAAACCGGAGGAGAGUCCCAUAUAAAAAGGACUGGGCUGCUCGUCAGAAAUUUUGAAAAGAACCCUUAAGAGGUAUCGAGAUCCUGUUUUGUGGUCGUGACUUGAAAUUGAUUUCACCCCUAAGAAGUACCAAUUCUAAAACAACACAUUAUCUCCUGCUGUGGACCUGUUGAGACCGAACACCCUAAGAGUUACCAAAACCGCCUUUUUAACCCCUACAAAGUACGACUAGCACCCCCGUCCUUUUCAUAUGGGACUACCCCCUCCCGGGAAAGAAACUGUGUCAUUUGAAGCGAAGCCUUGGCCACUAAAUGCGAAUACCUGGAGACGAUCAGAAUGGGUUUUAACUAACAAGCACGUACACGAUCAACCCAAUUAUGCGUUCAAUCAGACCUGCUUUCGUGUAAUUUGGUUGUUGAACAACUUUUCUUGAGAAGCAGAUGAGUAACUUGAGAAAUAUCAGUUGCUAUGAUUUCCUAAUUCGUAUGCUGUUUUCUCUGUACAUGUAGAAUGGGAGCCCACAGAAAGCGCGGCAAAGACAGUCAUGCUCAAGACUUCAGCAUCGAAACAAUCAUCAUGCAUGAAAGUUAUAAAAGGCCAGUUGGUUUAAGCCAUGAUAUCGCGUUACUGAAAUUGGGGAAACCGGCCACUCUGAAUCGCUAUGUGGGACUAGCAUGUCUACCAGAUGAAGGAUCUCUGCCAAAUCUACCGAUUGAUGAUUUGAACAAGAAGUGUUGGAUUACGGGCUGGGGCCGUCUAUCAUCAGAAGGUCCUUCACCAACUGUCCUCAUGCAAGCCUCUGUACCACUGGUAUCUAAGCAACGCUGUCAACGCAGUUACCCCGGAUUAAUCCACGACUCUAUGCUUUGUGCUGGCUUGGAUCAGGGGGGUGUAGACGCCUGUCAGGGUGAUAGUGGGGGUCCCCUGGUCUGUGAAUUUGGAGGAAAGUGGUACCUGGAAGGUGCUACUAGCUGGGGGGUUGGAUGCGCAGACGCAGGGAAAUUUGGUGUUUAUGCCAAAUUAAGAUAUCUGGUGAAAUGGGUGAAUAGAAACAUGAAAAGGUUUUAAACCAGUUAUCAUCGCAUGUUUCUGACUGAAACUGUGUAACGUUAAGAAACAAAAUAAAACUGGAUACUCCGAACGAUGAGCUCACGUACUUAUUUAGCCAAUCUCCUAAACUUUGGUCAUCCUCUCCGGAGGCAGACUAAUUACUCAAGGCGAGAGGGAGUCAAUUUUCUUGUUUUAGUUCCUUUCGCUUAACUAAAGUUACCGUUUCCCGAGUCUCGAAGGAUGAAUUUAAUCCGUGAGCUGGCGGUAUUUUACCCCAAUGAGUAAACUACCCGGACAUGAAACAAGUUACGCAAACUACAUUGCCGAUUUCCACUGGAACCGGGAACCUGGUUAGUAUUUUUUUAUAUAACCUUGGCUGGCCUGAGAUAAAGCACUCCUCGAUCGGAGCGGACAAGCACCAUCUCCAGAACAAAUACACCCCGAAAAAUAAUGCUUAGCGGAUGAAAAGUGACUUACUUGCAGUAUAGAAUUGUGUUGUGACGCUCUCUAUUUUUAUGAGAAUGAGGACUGAUAACUAAUAACAAGGGAAAGUACUCUAUUUUCUACUUGAAGUUCAUUUUCCACUAGUCAGGCUGAUUUAUCAGCACACUCAUUAUCUGUUAAACCCAUUUUUCACUGGAUCAUUUUCACAGGUUCCCCGUUCAGAUGUUGACACUAGAAGUGGGCCGUACGAGUGUGUCUGUAGAUAAAUAUCUGCGUACUGACGAUACAGACUGUAUAUUGAGCUUGGCGAAAAAUAGCUUUCGCACGUGGUUUAACGAUUUACUAACGCAGAAUCAGUAUCAGCUUUAAGUGUAUAGAUUGCUGGUGUUUUACACCAUUAAAAAGAUCCUUUCACGAUAACACAAAUGGCUCAGUUACCCUUGAUGAACAACUAAUAACUGGUGUAUUCGUUAUAGUCGUUUCUAGGUUUAUUCUGUAUACAAAGUUACCAAGUUUUUUCCACAA